UGCUCGCUCCCGGCUCUCAGAUCGCCGCCUCCACCGCUCGUCCUCGCCACCGCGCCGCGCGCACCACUCGCCACCAGCAAAAGCGGCGAUGGCGUCGUCUUCGUCGGCCCGCCUCAUGCUCCUGGCCGCGCUGCUCGCCUCGGCGGCGGCGCUGGCGGCGGCGCAGAAGGCCACCGGCACCAAGCCGAAGGCCGCGACGCCGGCCGCGUCGGGCCCCUCGGCGGCCACCGCGGACGGGCCGGCGCCGACCAACGUGACGGCGGUGCUGGAGAAGUCCGGCAAGUACACCACCUUCCUCCGGCUCCUCCACGAGAGCCGCGUCGACACGCAGAUCAACAGCCAGCUGAUGGAUAGCUACAACGGGCUGACCAUGUUCGCGCCCACCGACGCCGCCUUCGCCGCGCUCAAGCCCGGCACGCUCAACUCGCUGUCGUCGCAGGACCAGAUCCAGCUAAUGCUCUACUGCGUCCUCCCGAGGUUCUACAGCCUCUCCAUGCUCACCACCCUGAGCGGCCCCGUCAACACCCAGGCCUCCGGCGCCGACGGCCCCUACAAGUACAAGAUCAAGCCGUCGAACAACAACGUCAACAUCUCCACCGGCGUCAACUGGGCGCUCCUCUCCACCGUCGUCAGCAAGGACUUCCCCCUCGCCGUCUAUUCCGUCGACAAGGUGCCGCUCCCGUACGAGCUGUUCGGCCCCAAGCCCCCCACCCCGGCCCCGGCUCCGGCGCCGGCGCCGUCCAAGUCCAAGACCAAGAAGCACAAGAAGUCCACCGGCAUCGCCGAGCCGCCGGCAGCCGAUGACACCACCGCCGCCGACACCGCCAAGAAGGCCGCCGCCGCCGCCACGGGCGUCUCCAGGUGGGUCGCCGCCGCCGGUGUCUUGGGCGGCGCCAUUUUCGCCGGCCUCUUCUGAGGAGACCUCGACGACGACGACGUCCGAUGCAUUGCCCAUGCGUGCAUGCACGCACGCACGGUUUGAGCUGGAGUGGUGUACCGAAACCAAAAAAGAAGAAAAAGAAAACCACGAAACGAAACCCAAUUGAUUGUACCGAUAUUGUGAUGCUCUGUAUGUCCAUCGGCUUUAUUCUUUCUUUCUUAUUUUUUUGGGGUUAAUUUCUUGUUGAUUUGUAUUUGUAAUUUAAUGUGAUAUACUUACUAGAGUGUACUUCUUCCCAUCGGGUUCUACUGCAUGGAUCA